AUGCUCCUUAUUUUUCUAUAUGGUUCCACAGACGAACUUUUGUAUAGUUUCUUACUGUCAAAGGCACCUGAUCAUCAUUUGUGCACUAUCUCUGCAUUUCAUGCUUGGCUCAAGCAACAUAAAUCCCAAUGUUAAAUUCCUGUCCGGCACUUUGUUGGAACUCAUCAUUCCAUUAUUCAUAUAUCGUUCUGCUGUUAGGAGAAACAACAGCCAAGCAAUGACACGGCCGGGAUUCAUUUUCAAGGCUUUUUUAUGCAAUGAAUAACACCUAUCAAGAACUCAUUCUACGAGAUGAAAUGAUGAGACUACAAGCCCCACCAGAAAUUGUAACUUAUCUUAAUACUUGUGAGGUAAUUUCUCCCUCUGGUCAUCACAGUAAAGUUGAAGGUGGUUACUUUGUAUUGGAGAAUAUAAACAGAAAAGUGAAAAUGUUGAUGCCUCCAGGUGUACCCACAGAUAAUGCCUGGCUGAGGAGCUGCAGAAAUCUUCCCAAAUUGGAACAGAUGAAAAACAACAUACUGAUGGCAGUUGGUGCUGAGUUAUCAGUACCAUUUCAAACUGUCACUGACAAUUCCCUGUCGCCGGAGACAGAAGGGUGGAGAUCGUGGCUUCGACAAAGCAACCAUUUACAGGCAAGCCCUUGCACACCCCACCUAACAGGCCUGGACGAAGAGCACCUGUUAGAUCCAGAUGUACAGCAGUGGCUCGACAUUGCAACAAACAGGAGAAAAUAUAGUUAG